GCUCAAAACUAGCAGUUGUUCGAAGGUUUGGCAACCGCGAUGCGUGUGAAGAGAGACGGCUAGGGUGUGGAGUAGCACCACUGAAGUGCACCAGUCGUUCGUAUCAUUUUCCGAAUUCUUUACUGUGGCUCUGGUGAAUGACGAUUAUAGCAUGCAAUGACUUUGCACCAGUGGAUACAUCCGCUUUAGUUUAUUUGCUUGCUUUAUAAAAUUGUCCGCUUUAAAUGAAUGGCAUGUGCAUUUUGCGAGGCUCCUUGAUGUGCCAUCGGGAGUGAGUGGUUUUGGCAAUAUGUGUCGCUGGAAUAUGGUAUGCACUCGCAGGGCUUAUGGAAUAUAGCCUGGUUUGUCACAAUCUGUAUGCGUUCUCAUUCAGCCCGGUGAAAAAUAAACUCUUUCUGCUCGGCAUCAUGUUUUUACUCUGGGUAUAUAUGCUCUACUCCUGCGUGGGCUACUGUGCCACCAUGCCAAGUUUGGUCGUGGACAAUUACCGGGGAAAGGAGACAGGGUCUGUGGUCGGCAAAAGGAUAGAGAAUAACGGCAGAGUGGACCUCAUGUCCAGACUGCUCCCUAGACCCCAACCCUGGGUGGAUAUAGAAUCCGAUUACGACGAACCCUCUGUCCGGACCUCCUCCAGAGACUUGCUCAAUAACGAUAUAGACGCGUACAGAGGAGCGGAGGACUGGGACGAGAUGAGGGGCGAGGGGCAGAGAGCUCCUGAGCCCGGUGCGAUGUCAAGUUUCUCCAACGGAUCAGGGAGCAAGAAGCUUCCCCAGGCGAUCAUCAUCGGUGUAAAGAAAGGAGGGACGCGCGCGCUGCUCGAGUUCCUCCGCGUGCAUCCAGACAUCCGAGCUGUGGGAGCCGAACCGCACUUCUUCGACCGCAACUACGAGAAUGGACUGGAGUGGUACAGGGAGCUGAUGCCCAAGACCCUGGAGGGCCAGAUCACCAUGGAGAAGACCCCCAGCUACUUUGUGACCAGAGAGGCCCCGGCCCGGAUCUCCGCCAUGUCCCGGGACACCAAGCUUAUUGUCGUGGUGCGGGACCCCGUCACCAGGGCCAUCUCUGACUACACACAGACGCUGUCUAAGAACCCCGAUAUUCCCACCUUCGAGAGCCUGACCUUCAAAAACAGGACUACGGGGCUCAUCGACACAUCCUGGAGCGCCAUCCAGAUCGGCAUCUAUGCCAAGCACCUGGACAACUGGCUGCAGUACUUCCCCAUGGGUCAGAUCCUGUUUGUGAGCGGAGAGCGUCUGAUAAGCGACCCGGCCGGAGAGCUGGGCCGGGUGCAGGACUUCCUGGGACUCAAGAGGAUCAUCACAGACAAACACUUCUACUUCAACCAGACCAAGGGCUUCCCCUGCCUCAAGAAGGCUGAGGGCAGCAGCAAGCCCCACUGCCUGGGCAAAACCAAAGGGCGGACCCACCCCAACAUCCACCCAGAGGUGGUGCAGAGGCUACGGGACUUCUACAGACCUUUCAACAUGAAGUUCUACCAGAUGACAGGACAUAACUUUGGUUGGGAUUGAUGGAUGUGAAUUUGGGAAGACACCUUGUUUUUUUUUCUCUCUCUGUAAUUCAAUGAAUGGCAAAAAAAAGACAUGCGAGAUAUUGCUAUAUAUAUAUGUAAAAUGUACAGAAAUCUAUUUUAUAAUAAUUUAUUUUUAUUUCUAAGCAAUUAAUUCACUAAGCUGCCUAACCAUAUUGUACAUACAUAGCAUCUGGCCCACAUUUAUUUCCUUGUUUUUUUUUUUACAUUCCACAUUUUAUUUUGUUUCUUUAUUCUUCCCUUAAUGGUCCCUCAUGUCAAUUCAGCAGAGUUAAAAUGGUCCCUCAUGUCAACUCAGCAGAGUUAAAAUGGUCCCUCAUGUCAACUCAGUAGAGUUAAAAUGGUCCCUCAUGUCAACUCAGUAGAGUUAAAAUGGUCCCUCAUGUCAACUCGGCACAGUUAAAAUGGUCCCUCAUGUCAACUCAGUAGAGUUAAAAUGGUCCCUCAUGUCAACUCAGUAGAGUUAAAAUGGUCCCUCAUGUCAACUCAGUAGAGUUAAAAUGGUCCCUCAUGUCAACUCAGCAGAGUUAAAAUGGUCCCUCAUGUCAACUCAGCAGAGUUAAAAUGGUCCCUCAUGUCAACUCAGCAGAGUUAAAAUGGUCCCUCAUGUCAACUCAGCACAGUUAAAAUGGUCCCUCAUGUCAACUCAGCAGAGUUAAAUUGGUCCCUCAUGUCAACUCAGUAGAGUUAAAAUGGUCCCUCAUGUCAACUCAGUAGAGUUAACAUGUCAACUCAGCACAGUUAAAAUGGUCCCUCAUGUCAACUCAGCAGAGUUCAAAUGGUCCCUCAUGUCAACUCAGUAGAGUUAAAAUGGUCCCUCAUGUCAACUCAGUAGAAUUAAAAAGCAGAUAAGUAAUAAUUGGUAACUGAAAUAAGAAUAUAAGGAUAUUGAUAAAGGCACCAUUUCACAGGUAUAGUGUUCACAGAACAGUGAUGAAAAACCCAUUCAUGUGCAUUCUGAUUUAAACAUUCAUAAUCACUUUCACGUUCAAUAGCCAUAAUUAACCCCCCCCCCCACACACAUUGUUCCUUGUCUAGUUACCCCUAUGAGUUUCUGUUCCAUCCAUUCAAAAUGUUGUGCUUCAAAUUGUGAGUUACCCCCAUCCACAUCCCAUUAUUCUACCGUCCCAUUGGUCAAACCAGCUGAUCUCCUGCCCUGUCAUUGGCCUAACCAGCUGAUCUGAUGUCCCUUUCAUUCAAUAACAGGUGGAUCAAUUGGCCUAAUUGCUCCUCAUUGUGUCAGACAUGGUUAAAGGGUACGUCUGGCCUCCCUCUUGUAGGGCUCCUACAGCCUGUUCUAAUGAAUCCACCAAAGGCCUAAAUCCUAUUUCUGACAGCAUCACUUUGAUAGGGCUCCAUGUUGACAUGAUGCUAAUGGAAUAACGUUACUGAGGUCCAUCGAUUCAGGUCUCCUCUACACUAUACUCUUGCUCUCAUUACAAGACACUGUUGGCUCAGAGCCAAAGGUCAUACAAAGUCCCAAUUAAAUUAGCUCUGAGAGACGUUUGAUUUGUCGAAGAGACAGAGAGGGGAGGACACUCUGGGUCAGGGGAGGACUGUAGUAUUGUCCUUGAAUGCAUCCCAAUUGGCACACUCAUUCCCUAUAUAGUGCACUGCUUUUGACCAGAGCCCAGUGACCCUUGCUCAAAAGUAACGCAAUAUACAGGAAAUAGGGUGCAAUAUACAGGAAAUAUGGUGCCAUCUGGGACACAGUGCAUGCGCUUGGCCUGAGUUGAGGUAGGAGCUAGCAGUGGCCUAUACAUCUGUCUGAUACAGAGCAUAACGAUAGAGAUGAUAGAAAAACCACUGAGCGCUCUGCUUCACUGGAACACAUCAUCCUCAAACAGGAUCGUCAGGCCUCAGAUCAGAUCUUGAAAUGCGUCCCAAAUGGCACCCUAUUCCCUAUAUGGUGCACUGCUUUUUACCAGAUGUCAAAUGACAAUACUUUUGGGCCUUUGGUCUAAAGUAGUGGACUAUGUAGGGAGUAGGGUGCCGUUUGGAGCGCCUACACAGAUCAAAGGGAGAGUUUCUGAAGUACUCUCUGCGGGAACGGCCUCGGGCGAAGAUACAGAACAUCACUGUUCAUUAUGGAAAGUCUAUGGUCUAUAUAGUUUGCCUUAUUCAACCCUUCAUCCUAACAUUGUUUCUUUCAUAGUUUCAUAUUGGAUCUCAAUUCGCUCCUACUUGUUGCCAAAAAAAUACUUUUUCAGAGUAUGGAGCUCAGAUAACAAGUUACCUAGGCUACACUCUAGCUUGAGUCACUAUCUUUAUCUUUUGAGCUUUUCUUUUUUUUGUUAUUUGUUUUUCUCAAUGCUUCUUUGUUAUUGUUUGUCUUUCUGUCUGAAUUCUUGAUAUGCAAGAGACAGUCUGGCGUUAUCAUUCAGCGAUGUACAUGCUGGCCCAUACCCUCGCAGGUAGUGUCUACUUCAAAGUCAUACUAUGCUCUUUAGAGGAUAAGAGGGCUGAUUCUGCUUCUCAAAUGGUACCCUACACCCCAUAGUGCAUUACUUGUGACCAGGGCCCAUGGUGUUUACCUCAAACUAGUGGAUGGUAGCAUACUUUGGUAGGUGGAUGGUAGGGCUUGUCCUAACAUUGUACUGUCCCUUAUUCACAUAUAGUGGCUUUUUUCCACCAAGGAAUUGACACUUAUUUUCAAUUAUCAUGCCUAUAUGGAUAACGCCUCAAUCUCUCCUUCUCUCCUUAUAGUGCAAUGGUUGUGGAAAGCAUUUAAAAUGGUCUUUAUAUAGAGCAGGGAAACCAUGUGAAUACAAGCUAUCACAUUCUGAAUUGGAAUAAUGUUGAUCUUUCUCCCUGUAAUGGCUGGAUUAGGGGAGGCUGGGGCAGUUACCCCCUGUUAGAUUUGCCUCCGGUCUCCCCUAAUGCACUUGAAUUCUGAUCUUGGUCAUGUUACUAAGAGAAAAGGGGCUACGUCCCAAAUGGCGCUCUAUUCCCUAUUUACUGCACUACUUUUGACCAGGGCCUUUAGGGAUCUGGUCAAAAGUAGUGCACUUUUAUUGGGAAUAGGGUUCCACUUGGGACGCAUUCUAUCUUAAAAAUGUGCACUCAUGUUCAUGGUCCACGCGGCUGCAUCCAUUCUGGUUGACUUUUAUUCAACCCUUUUAGAGCUCUACAAAUGUUAGUGAUGUUUGUCUUAUUCCCAUCCGCAUAUAAUAUGGUUAAAACUUAGACGUUUAGCAGAUUGUGUAUGUAUAAAAAAUGAAAAAGAACAUGUAAAUCAAGUAUUUUGUGGUAUCAUGUACAUCAAAUGAAUUAAUUUUACACAGUGAAAGAGCAAAAUGGAACAGAUGUUUCUAGAUAAUUCAAUACUGAACAUUCAUACUAUUUCUUUGUAUGAAGAAAUAAAUAAAAAAAGUAUAUAUUUUA